CAAAAUGACCCCAAAAAUGGGGGGAGGGACCACGGCAAGACCACCCUGACGGCCCCCAGCACCAAGGUGCUGUCCCCCGGGGGAGGGGCCCAGUUCCGGCGUUACGAGGAGAUCGACUCGGCCCCCGAGGAGAAGGCGCGAGGGAUCACCAUCAACGCCGCCCACGUGGAGUACAGCACCCCAAACAGGCACUAUGCCCACACUGACUGCCCAGGACACGCAGAUUAUGUCAAGAACAUGAUCACGGGCACGGCCCCCCUGGACGGGGCCAUUCUGGUCGUGGCAGCGACAGACGGACAAAUGCCCCAGACCCGGGAGCACCUGCUAUUGGCCAGACAGGUAAAAGGGGCGUGGUCAGCAAAAAAGGGGCGUGGUUUGUGUUCUAGAGCACCUGCUAUUGGCCAGACAUGCAAAAAGGGGCGUGGUCAGGGGAAAAGGGGCGUGGUCUGUGUUAUAGAGCAUCUGCUAUUGGCCAGACAGGUACAGGGGGCGUG